AUGUCUGCCAACGAAUUUUACUCCCAAGGAGAUCAGGGAUCUUACCAACGUCCAGAGUCCCAACAACAACGCCCACAAGGAGGCGAGGGACAGGAGGGCGAUAGAGGACUUUUAUCAACUGUUAUUGGUGGAGUUGCUGGCGGUUAUGGCGGCGGAAAAAUGGGCGGCCAAGAACACUCGACGCUCGGAAAAAUUGGUGGAGCUUUAGUGGGCGCAAUUGGAGCCAACAAGCUUGAGGAUGCGUUCGAGGGUCGUCACAACCAGAACCAGGGUUACCAGGGCCAGAACCAGAGUCAUGGCCAGGGCGGUCUCGGUGGAAUGGUGAGUGGAUUGUUGGGAGGCCACGAGGGCAAACAUGAGGGAAGAAACGACUAUGGAAGAAACGAUAACUAUGGAGGAAGAAACGACAAUUAUGGUGGAAGAAACGAUUACGGAAGAAAUGACAAUUACGGAGGCGGAAACGAUUAUGGUAGAAAUGACUACGGUCGUAAUGAUUACGGCAGAAACGAAGGAAGACACGAGGGAAGACAUGGCGGAGACUUUGGUGGAAGAGAUGACUUUGGUGGAAGAAGAGAUGACUUUGGUGGACGUAGAGAUGAUUAUGGUGGACGUAGAGAUGACUACGGCAGAGGUGACAAUUACGGAAGAAACGACAGGUACUAG